UCUUCUAUUCUCUCUUUUGGAGUCGCUGUUGCCUAUUGAACGAGAUUGCCAUGGACAGAGGGCAGACUCAGGGAAAGAGAAAGAGGGCAGAGGAAGAGAGCACCGAAGGAGCAGCCACUUCUUCUUUCAUCCCUCUAGAAGCCACAUGUGUAGGUAGCGGUCAAUACGAAGUGUUCUUGAGCUUUAGAGGCUCAGAUACCCGCAAUACAUUCACCGAUCACCUCUAUCACCGUCUGAUCAAGGCAAGGACUGUACCGUUUUGCGUGUUUAGGGACGAGAACAACAUCCAAAUUGGUGAGGAAUUUGGUUCAAAGAUUCUCGAUGCCAUCGCACAGUCUAAGAUUUCGAUUCCCAUCAUCUCCGAAAAUUAUGCUUCGAGCAAGUGGUGCCUCCGUGAGCUCGUUCAUAUCAUGGACCGUAAGAAGAGUGCAUCACACAUAGUGUUGCCUAUAUUUUACAAAGUUGCCCCAUCGGAUGUGCGGCAUCUAAAAGGAAAUUUUGGAAACGCCUUCCACUCGAGUCAAGAGCGUUUUGAUGAGAAGGAGAUCUUGAAAGGGCAACAAGCAUUAAAUGAAGUCAGUCAAUUAAAUGGAUGGGAAUCUCAAAAAAUUGCAAAUGGGUAUUUUACUUAACUUUUCUUUUUUGAUAAGUAAUUUUUCUUCUUUUGGUAGAAUCAAGGAAAUGCAAAUGAAUUACUUUUCCUACAAGCUCAGAAAAGAUCCCCAAUGACAACAAACACCAGUACUCCCCAAUAUGUCCCUGAAAACUGAACCAAUGACAACUAAAACCAAAGCAUCCUAUACUGUCC